AUGGAUGAUACCCGCAGCACCGUUCUGUUGCCUCAGAAACGCUCUAAACAGUUUGAAAACUUUGUGGAGUUGCCCAGCACUGAGGUGUAUGAAGCACCCCAUCCUGGCUUUGAACGCAUACCCUACAAUGAGUACAAUCGCAUAGUGAGCGCAUUAAAAGAGAUGCUGCGUGCGCGCGAAGAAAAACCCAUUACAUUGCGUCCGCGCCCUGGGCGUCGUUCAACGGGCGCUGAUUAUCCGCUGUGGCACUAUCUUCUGAACGAUGCUGGUGAUAUGGGCUUGAAUGCGGACGAUAACGCUGCUCUGGUGGGCGAGGCAGCUGAUGCAUUGACGGAUGCGACGCUGAAAAAAUCCGCGCCAUUCAAACCACGUCUCGGAAAACGUUGCGGAAGUCGAAUAUACGAGUGA